CCUUUGAAUAAAUUAUGCUAAUGUGGCGCCGAGGGGUUUUGUGGAGCGGAGCGGCGGUGAAGGCUGUUAUUAACCUCAGAGCCUUCUUUGUGGAGCAGUGGAGGUGCCUCUGCUCAGGUUCACACAGGGCUUCUGCCUGAAAAACAAUCCCAAUUUAAAACCUUAAAGAGGUUUUUCCCAUCGAUUGACGAUCAUACUUCUAAACACAGGAGAACUCUUGUGUUUCCAGUGUGCAUUUCCUUCGGAAUAGCAUGAAUGCUGAAUAUUAUAAGUCCCUGGCGAUGGAGCUUGGAGUGUACCAGCUGAGAAAUUUUUCGAUUUCAUUCCUUUCUUCUUUGCUCGGAACAGAAAACGCUUCAGUAAAACUAGACAGUAGCUCCUCUGGUGCCAGUGUGGUAGCCAUAGACAACAAAAUCGAGCAAGCCAUGGAUCUGGUGAAGAGUCACUUGAUGUAUGCAGUGAGGGAGGAGGUGGAAGUUCUGAAGGAACAGAUCAAAGAACUGGUAGAAAGAAACUCCCAGCUGGAACAGGAAAACAGUCUGCUGAAGACUCUGGCUAGCCCUGAGCAGUUAGCACAGUUCCAGGCACAGCUACAAACAGCUGGUUCUUCCCCACCGGUUUCUCAAUCAGGACAAACUUCUCAACCCACACCACCAAGCGGGGGAUCAUCAGCUUAAAGUCAUGGUUGUUACAGUCCUUUGGGGACAUCAGGCUUUGCAGAGAGGAGAAAUAAAGCUGCCAUAUCAAUCAUCAUGUAACAUUUCAUCGCACACCAACAAUUCCAAACUGGUUAUGGAAACUAGAACUGUAUCAAUUCCAGAAAGAAACUCUCUUCAGUGUUGAGAUAAUCGUCUUUUGGCUAAAGGAGACUGGUUGGGGAUGUGGAAUGAAACCUUGUUCUCUCAAAGAGAGUGGUUAUAUGCACAAAAGAAGAAAAAGCAGCCGUGCAGAUCUGAGUGCUGGUUACCGAUCAUUGCUCAUGCUGUGGAAAUGUGUGCACAUCCAAGUUUUCCAUUCAGCGCACCUGCAUCUGUGUGUGUGCGCCUGCGUGUGUAUGUCUGUGUGUGCGCACGCUAAUAUAAUCGCUUCCUGACAAUUAGAGGACGGAAUGGAGGUGGAUUGAAGGAAAUCAGAUACUGACUAGAGAGUCUAAGGGGGCCGUGCCCUCCUUUACAGCACUAUAGGCUACUUUGAAUUAUAUAUGAGCUACGAAAAUGGUAUAUGAAGGCAAAGCUGAGCAGUAUUUAACUUGAACUAUAGAACUGUCACCUUGGACCUUAAAAUUGAUAAGUUCGUUAUGUUUACACUGCUUUUCCAAGAGACGGAGAGGUGUAGAUUUUUCAAUUUAGAUGGGACGCUAAAGAUUUGAGGCAAUCGGAAGGUCAUUCACCUAUUGUAAAUUGUGUACUUAGUGUAAGUAUUGUGUAAUAAAGAAUUGUAAGUUUUACGUUGUACAGGUUGAAAUCUAUCUGUUUCACUGAUCUGAAUGUGUUUGGACAUUUUAUAUGCUGUUGAACAAAAUGGCAUUGAUAAUUAAUUAUGCUGUCCUAAGACAUACAGGGCUGGAAGAAUUUUUUAAUGUAUGUUAAUGGUCCAUGAUUGGUGGUAAUAGAAAGGAAAUGGUCCACUGGUCCCAUUUCUUGUAUUUAUCAAAAGUAAGAAGCAGCAAGAAUGCUCUACAUUACAUGCACUAACAGUAGCAGUCUGUCAGUCAGCCAAACUUGCUGGAAGAUGAAACCUGUCGGGUUUUCAGGUGAUUAGAUUCCAGUGGAUGCUCUGUGGACAGCAAAUUUUGGUUCAGUAGCCCAUUGGUCUGUCAAAAUCUAUAGCCUAGUUAGAUUUUUGUCAGAUCCAGGACCAAUGAAUUCAUCCAGCCCAGACACAUUUUCUGCUUCUAGCUGGCUGCUGAAUACCUAAAGUAAAACUAUAUUCAGUAAUAGUAUUUGUAACAUCCACAAGUGUGUGUUUUGACAAUGAAGCACUCUAGACUCUUAAAGAAACUUCUGUUAGCAACUCCAGUUUCUGAUAUGGAUUUCACAGUAAUAGUGUUGCUUAUGUUCUGGUGCAUGUUCUGAAGCAGUUGUAACACAUUCAGUUGUACGUGACUGCUGCACAACUUCUGAACUAUCAAUAAACUCAUGUUGGUAAAUAA